AUGAUGUAUCUGAGUUUCCCUCUCGCAGCUCUGGGUCUGCUGACUACUGUGGUCUUUGCCAUGCCAUAUAGCCAAGUUCGCCGAGACGAAGGUCACCAGAAUGUUGUAUACUGGGGUCAAAACGGCGGCGAGGUCAUUGAAAAUAAUGAUCUCGCUUCCUACUGCAACUCCCAGUCUGGGAUCGACAUUAUCGUACUGGCUUUCCUGUACGAGUAUGGCAACGGCCAGCGUAUUUCUUCUGGUGGUUUUGGCCAAUCCUGCUUCAUUACCCCCUCUGGUGAAGGCCAAAACUGCGAGGAACUGGGUCGAGCUAUUACAACCUGCCAAAACAGAGGCAUCAAAGUCAUCAUGUCGCUGGGUGGCGCCGUUGGUGCCUACGGACUAACUUCCCAGCAGGAAGCCGAAGCUAUUGGCUCAAAUAUCUGGGCUGCUUAUGGCAACUCGGGUUAUAGUGGAGUGCCACGCCCCUUUGGUAAUGCAUUCGUCAACGGAUGGGACUUUGAUAUCGAGGCCUCGAGCGGCAAUCAAUACUACCGGUAUCUUAUUUCGACUCUUCGGUCUAAAUUUUCCUCGGAUCCGGCCCACAGGUACUAUAUCUCUGGUGCACCACAGUGUCCGAUUCCAGAGCCUUUCAUGCAACCCAUCAUCGACACAUCGCAGUUUGACUAUCUCUGGGUUCAAUUCUAUAAUAACCCGGACUGUUCUCUGCCUCACCCGAAUUUUGACGAUUGGGUUCGAAAUAUUGGAAAUACUCCUUCUUCUGGUGCGAAGAUCUUCCUUGGUAUUCCUGCUUCACCUUAUGCAUCUACCGGUACUCUUUCUGGUGAACGGUACUAUAUGAGCCCGAGUUCUCUUGCGGAUGUGGUUCGGCGAUUUAGUGGGAACAAUGCUUUCGGUGGGAUUAUGAUGUGGUCUGCUGGAUUUUCUGACUCCAAUAUGAAUAAUGGGUGCACAUAUGCUCAGGAGACGAAGCACAUUCUCACUACUGGUUCUCCUUGCUAA